CGGAUGUCGAAGCAGCCAGCAGUGUAAUUUAUUGAUUUAUUGAUCGAUUGACCUCCAAGAUAGACAUCAGAUGUGCGUUGCAACAUGCAGCAUGCUGCUGUGCUGCGGCUCUGCUCAGUGACUCUCGCUGUCGUGCACUUUCCACCACUUUUUCUUCUAAAAUAAUAAAGUCUUUCCAUCACCUCAAACAUCCACCUACGUCACGACUGAUCUACAUCUCUCCAUCUUUCCGUCUCUCUCUAUAUAUCUGAAGGGAUAGAGAGAGAGAUAGAGAGACUCUACAGCAUGCCAUGAGCUCCAUCUUCACUCCCAAUAUCGGCGCCAUCCCCACUAUCCGCACCCGCAAAGCUCUCCUGCUUCUCGAUCUUCAGAACGACUUCAUCCGCCCCACUGGUGCCCUUCCUGUGAGCAAUGCAGCCGAUAUCCUCGACCAGAUCCCCAGUCUGGUCCAGAGUUUCCGCCACACCGGAGAUGUAGUCUGGGUUCGGUCCCAGUAUGCAGAUAGCCGGCCACUGCUCGAUCCCAGCACAGGUGCAGAGCGUGUCAUCCUCACGGGGCCUGGCAAGGAGCCCAAGAGGAAAAAGAAGCUACAGGGACAGGAGGACCAGGAUUCUGAGAAAGAUCCAUCGCAUGUCGACGAUGAAGCCUUUUUGACUACCAGUCGCUGCUGUCUGCCCCAGACCUCUGGGGCUCAGUUCCCGGCCCCUGUACUCUCCGCCAUCGAUCCCCAGGACACAGUCAUCGUCAAAACGGACUAUUCCGCCUUCCAGGCCCCGACCCUGGUCGAGUCCUUCCGUUCGCGCUUUGUCACGGAGAUCUAUUUGGUCGGAUCCCUGUCGAACGUUGGCGUCUACGCCACGGCUCUCGAUGCUGCCCGCCAUGGCUUUACCGUCACCUUGAUCGAGGACUGUCUGGGCUAUCGCAGCUUUACCCGUCAUGAGGAGGCUAUGCGACGCAUGGCCGAUUUACUGGGUGCGGACGGGGUGACGGUGGCGGAGCUGUUGGAGGAGCAUGACUGGCAAGAGACGGACAAAAUUGCACGGGCCGGAGGCAGUCGUUCCCAGCGUCCUACUACCCCGGCGGGGAUUGAGACUGUCAUGGAUGACUUGCUUGUUAAGGCGUCUCCUCGCGCUGCUCCACCAGAAAAUGCUCGCCCCAAAUCAGACAACAAGGAGGAAAAGGAGAGAGCGGAAGAGCGUCAGCAUAUCAUUGAGGCUGCCAUGAAGGGAACCGCAAUGGAUGGGCUAGGCGACAUCGAGAUUGGAUCUGACUACGGUGAUGAAGACGAUCCAUUAAACCUCGAAGCGUACCGUCAACAUGUGGCCUCGCAUGCCGCCGCUCGACUCUCUCGUACCAUGCGUGAUGCUACGGCCCCAGCGCCGGAGCCUGGCGUCAAGCGGACACGAGCUAAGAUGCGGCGUAUCAAGAACCGGGAUACACCUCAGUCUCCCUCCGCUACGAGCGCCAAGCCCGCUCCAACCUCUGAUUCACGGCCCUCCUCCGCGCGAACAUCUCGUCCAAAGGCUCCGGAAGGGCUCCACCAGCCUGGAGACCAGAUUGGGGAGGGUGACUCGCGUCUCCUGUAUAAUCUGGAACUGUCUCCGGAUGCUUUUGCGGAGGUUCGGAAGGAGGUCAACUGGCAGAAAAUGUAUCAUCUCUCAGGCCAGGUUCCUCGAUUGGUCGCAGUGCAAGGCCAGGUCGGGUCAGAUGGGUCUAUGCCCAUUUACCGCCAUCCUGCGGAUGAAUCCCCACCGUUGCAGGCGUUCAGCCCUGCAGUUGAUCGUAUACGAGCUGUGGUUGAGCCUAUCCUAGGCCAUCCCCUGAACCAUGUGCUCAUCCAACUGUACCGGGAUGGGCAGGACCGUAUCUCAGAGCACUCAGAUAAAACCCUCGACAUCGUGCGCGGUUCUUUCAUCUGCAAUAUCAGCCUGGGCGCCCAGAGGGUUAUGAUCCUACGCACUAAGGCCUCUGGCAUCUUAUCGACGGCGUCCCAGACGUCCGGGGAUGAUGCAGAUAUUGCGUCUCGAAAGAGCCAGCGCGUCCCAUUACCGCACGGAUCGCUUUUCAUUCUCGGGCCAGAAACAAAUCAGCGCUGGCUGCAUGGAAUCCGGCCGGACAAGCGUCCGGAAUCGGAGAAAACCGCAGAAGAGCGCGCCUUUGGGGGUGAGCGGAUCUCUUUAACCUUCCGACAUAUUGGUACCUUCAUAGACCCUGCUGCAGGGACCAUAUGGGGCCAGGGUGCCGUGUCGAAAUCGCGAGAUGGAGCGGGACGAAUCAUCCAUGGUGAUCCCGCGGAGACGGAGCGGUUGGUCCACGCGUUCGGCAACGAGAAUCAUGCAACGGAGUUCGACUGGGAUGCUGUUUAUGGCAGCGGUUUUGACGCCAUUAACUUCGUUACGGUUAGCCCUGGAAAAUUGGUGACCAGCGGGGAUUUUGUUGGUGACCUACGGGUUCGACUCGCCCUGAUGGAGAACGGCUUGCGAUAUGAGACUGUGGAUCCUUCUAAUUUUGAAGGGCUAUCGAACGCACCACGACCGAUAUACUUGGAUUCGGAUGGGCCAACGACGGCUGGCGAUACCCAGAUUCUCGCCUAUCUAGCGCAAAGGCCGUCCUCGAGACCGGGCGUGGACGGAUUGCGCGGAGGGAACCAGCUACAGCACAUUGAACAGCUGUGGGCGAAUUGGAAAAAGUAUCGGAUGGGAGGGAUCAAAGGGGAGUUCACUGCUUUGAACCCGUGGGAAGAGGCCUUGAAAGGACGGCACUACCUCGGCGGCCAGACUAUCGCGAUUGACGACUGCUCACUCUGGCCGGUGCUACGGCAGAUGGUGCAGGACAAGGGGCCCUUAUCAGCUACGGCGUUUCCCAACCUUAGCAACUACUACAACCGGAUGGAGAAGCGUGGCUGUGUGCGAAUCGUCCUCGACGAGAUGAUGGGUGGAACUCAUCCAUGAGGUAUAUGGCCUGCUGCUCCGACAGUCCCUUUUUAGCUUUGUCGAUUUAGCAAAGACUCGACUGAUUCAGCUUCGACGAGGUGAUGCCGAUUUUUAUGACGUCUACGAAUUUCACGAGCCUGUAAGGAAAGUUCUGGCUAUAAUAGCGAAGGGAAAAGUUGAUACAGGAUGCGAUCCGACCACAUCUUUUGCAAAAUGCUCAUCUCAAUUCUUAUCUAUAUAUUCUGUUUAUAUUUCUUUUCUUCCCAUUUCUUUACUUCUAAUUUUUCAUUUUUUUAUUUACAUAUAUUCAAUUUGCAACUUUCUGGUUGAAUGAUUGUGUCACUCGGACGAAGGGAGUACGUCUUUUCCAGAUCGCCAUAGACAAUGAAAUAUUUUUGAUGCAGUCGGG